AUGAAUCCGAAAAUUUCUGAUUUUGGUAUGGCAAAAUUGUUUGAAAUGGAUCAGAGUCAAGGUGACGCAAAUCAAGUCGUGGGGACCUUUGGGUAUAUGGCUCCAGAGUAUAUAAAGCAUGGGCGAUUCUCAGUUAAAUCGGACAUUUACAGCUUUGGCAUUCUGAUUUUAGAAAUCGUAAGCGGUCAGAAGAGAAGUGGUUUUGAAAUCCAAAAUGAAUCGGACGACCUUCUAACCUAUGCAUGGAAAAGCUGGAACGAAAGGUCAGCUGUAAAUCUAAUAGAUCCUGCUAUGAGGGAUAAUCCAAAAACUGAAAUGAUGAAAUGCAUCCACAUUGCCUUGUUAUGUGUUCAGGAAAGUGUCUCUGACAGACCAAGCAUAGGUUCAGUUGUUUCUAUGCUUAACAGCGACUCUCUCAAUCUCCCAGCGCCUAAAAAACCUGGAUUCUAUAUGCAUACUACAACAGAAUCACAGACGACAUCGUCAUCUUUUGAGCAGUCUCGGUCAAAUAACUUAAAUCGACACCGAAUUGAAGGCACAACAUUAUCACAAAAUGAGGUUUCAAUUACCGAGCUAUAUCCUAGAUAG